AUGUCUAAACAGGCCGACGAUAUCCUCAGCGAGUCCGAGGGCUCAGAGGGCUGGGACGAUGUAAAUGAGGGCGACGACGAACAAGAAGCCCUUGACAUCGUCUCGCUGUUGGAUGAAAAGGUCUUCCCAGAUGCGGCGUCUAUGCUGGCGUACUGCAAGGACAAGUUCGGCUUCGACUUUGUGGCAGCGCGCGAUCGGCUGGGGUUGGAUUUUUACGGCAGUAUUAAAUUGGUCAACUUUGUACGAAGCACAGUCAAGGAGGGCAAGCCUCUGCCCGAGCAGAUCUCCGAGGCGGACAUCUCAGACGAACGCUUCAUGAUGCCUGUCCUGGCCGACGAUGCAUUCAUCAUGUGUCUGGAUGACCUGCCCUCCUCCUCUCCUGACGCAGCAGCAGAGGGCAAGGGCAAGGCCGUCGACGAGGAGGUCACUGCUGAGCCCAGCGAGAGCGCCGUGCUGAGAGCGCAGCUCGAUGAGAUGACGAGGCAGUUUGCCAAUUACCGGCUCGCGGUGGAGCAGACGCUGGACAAGCGCUGGCAUGCUGAGGAUGACGACUCCGACUCUGGCUCCAACAAGAAGGAAAAGGAGGAUUCGUCGCAGUCAUAUUGGGAGGGGUAUGCUAACCAUGACAUACACGAGACGAUGCUAAAGGACACCGUCCGUACGGAUGCCUAUCGCGACUUUAUCUACAACAACAAGAAUCUCUUCAAGGGCAAGGUUGUGCUUGAUAUUGGCUGUGGAACAGGCAUCCUCUCCAUGUUCUGCGCCAAAGCCGGCGCCGCCCACGUCUACGCAAUCGACAAGUCGGCCAUCCUCGACAAGGCGCGCGAGAACAUCUUCCACAACAACCUGGGCAGCACCAUCACCUGCCUGCGCGGGCGCAUCGAGGACAUCACGCUCCCCGUGGACAAGGUCGACAUCAUCGUGUCCGAGUGGAUGGGCUACUGCCUCCUCUACGAGGCGAUGCUCCCCUCGGUGCUGUUCGCGCGCGACCGCUACCUCAAGCCCGACGGCCUUCUCGUCCCCAGCCACGCGACCAUCUUCGUGGCCCCCGUCAGCGACCCCGAGUACGUCACCGAGAGCGUCAGCUUCUGGCGCGACGUGUAUGGCUUCGACAUGAAGCCCAUGCUCGAGGGCCUGCUCAAGGACGUCCGCGUGCAGUACGUCCCCCGCGAGUCCGUCGCCGGCUCGCCCAGCCCCUACGCCCUCGACCUGUACCGGUGCACCGUCGACGACCUGUCCUUCCGCGUCCCGUGGGCGAGCAAGCUGGCCAGGCACGACGUUGAGUGCGUCGACGGGUUUGUCAUCUGGUUCGACAACUACUUUGCCACCACGCGCAGGCCCGCCGGCGAGGUCGAGCGCAUCGAGGCCCCGGCCGAGGAAUGGCAGGCCGAGAGGGCCGACGGCAGCGUGGCCUUCACGACGGGCCCGCAUGCCAAGGAUACGCACUGGAAGCAAGGGUUCCUCAUGGUCGAGGACCAGGAGGGGAAGAAGGGGCGGUCGUACAAGGCUGGGGACGAGAUCGAGGGCUACCUGUCCUUCUCUAUUGCCGAGGAGAAUGCCCGUGGACUGGACGUCAAGAUUGAGUGGGACGGACUGCCGAAUGACCAGCACGCGCAGACUUGGUCUCUGCACUGA